UGUGGGUGUGUGUUGGGGGCGGAGAAAGGACUUAUUAAACUCCUAUCUCUCACUGUGUCAGAGCCCGUCUGCUCACAGCUUCAUCAUGGUCAUUCCCCUCGUUCUCCUCGGGAUAUUCUGGCAAUGCAGCUCAGCCGCUUCCUCAGCCGCUUCCUCAGCCCGACUCAGGUGGGAUCUGACAGAUCACAAACACGACCGGGUCAAAUUUGGACGUGAAGAUUAUGCUGUAACUCUUCAUGAAGGAAAUACCGUUUACAUUGGUGGAACAAAUGUCGUUUACAAGAUAAACAUUGUGAAUUCUUCGGAAGAUAUGAUUCCAGUGGUUGAUCAAAAGGCCAUUGAUGAUUGCAAUAAAGACCAACUGGACUACUGUCAAAAUUUCAUCACUGUUUUGCAAAGAUUGGAUGAAAACAAGAUACUUGUGUGUGGCACCAAUGCUCAGAUUCCCCGGUGCUGGCAUCUCGGCAAUGAUGGGAAAUUGAGUGUGGUUAUCAGUGAGAUUAAUACACCUCUUGGGAGAGGUGUUUCUGGGCACACCCCUAAACAGAGGACCACUUCACUGUAUGAGGACCAAAGACUCUAUUCAGCAGCUCCUCUCUAUAGAAAUGGUGACCAAAUCGUUUUUCAAGGAUAUAAAGACAAAAAGUGGGUGCGGACUCAGGACAAGUGGAUACAGGAGCCCAUCUUUACCAAUUUUGUGCCAUUGGAUGACCUGAUUUUCAUGUUCUUCCGGGAGAAGCGUGUGGGAACAAAGAACUGGGAGGUUGACCCCUGGAUAUCCCGGAUUGCACGAGUGUGCAAGGCUGACAAAGGGGGUCCCGAAUCUGACUUGUUCAAUAAAUGGACGACCUUUCUGAAGGCAAGGCUGGUGUGCAGUCUGCCCUCCCAGAACCUGCAUUUCAACCGGGUGGAAGACGUUUCCAUUGAUAAAUCUAAUAUGUCCAGCGAGACCCGAGUCUAUGGUAUAUUUUCCAACAGAUGGAAUUCAACAGCGGUCUGUGUGUACUCCAUAGGAGAUAUUUUGAACGUGUUUAAGAAUUCCAAUUUCAAGGGUUUCACUGGAAAAUUCCUGACCAUAGGCCUGGCACGUGUGUUGCUGACAGUCAGAGGGUACCACGUGACACCUUGAUCUUCAUAAGUAGACACCCUGAGAUGGAGCAGCCGAUCAACCCCAUCGGAGGAAAACCAAUC